UUGACAAAGGACUUCUGUGGACAAAUACCCUAUUACUGUUGCAAUUUGAUUCUUUUGGGCGGGUCGACGUGGCGACACCGAUCGACAACGCUAAUCCACAUUCUGUUCGUUUAGCAUUGCAUACCAUAGCAUCAUGACGACAAUGUUGCCACCUCUCCACAAGGUAUAAAGUUAUCCCCAAUCUUCUCUGACAUUCUACCCACAGUAUGACAAUACCCACAUUCCAUCUCCGAGUCAAUGACGGGACAAAAAUCCCAAACAUCGCAUUCGGCACCGGCACAGCGCUCGUCCAUCAAGAAGACGCACAAAAAAUUCUGGAAUGCGCCAUCGCCAACGGUUUCACGCACUUUGACGCUGCACAGCGGUACAAGAACGAAGCCGUCUUAGGAGCUGCUAUCAAAGCCUCCGGGGUACCGCGCUCUUCGCUAUUUGUCAGUACGAAGUUCGCUCCACUGCAGGUUGGGCAGACAGCCAAGACUGCGCUGUCUGCGUCGCUGGAGAAGCUGGGCUUGGAGUACGUGGAUCUGUACCUGGUGCAUGCGCCUUCAGACCACGUGGGCCGGCUGAAGGAGGUGUGGAAGGUGAUGGAGGAGUGUAAGCGGGAGGGGCUGGCAAAGUCCAUUGGGGUGUCAAACUUUGGGGUGGAGCAUUUGCAGGAAAUUUUGGAGGACGCUGAGUUCCUGCCUUGCGUUAAUCAGCUCGAAGUCCAUCCGUAUAUGUGGGAUUGCUUGCAACCUGUGAUGGCGUUCCAUAAAGAACACGGUAUCAUUACAUCAUCGUUUGGUGGGCUAUCGCCCCUUUUUCGCGCACCAGGGGGACCGCUGGAUCCUCUCAUUGAGAGAAUCAGGGCACGUCUUGAGGCCACACGAGGAAAGCCAGUGACAAGCAGUCAGGUUCUCACCAAGUGGUUGCAGCAGCAUGAUAUUGUGGUCGUCACCACUUCGACCAAGGCCGACAGGAUGAGAGAGUAUGUUGAUACAGGUGACAUUCUGGAGCUGACGGCCGAGGAGAUGGAGGAGAUUGAGAGUGCUGGGGCGGAGCGCCAUCAGGCGUUUUUUAAGCCUACCAAAUACUCCUUCAAUGUUGGUGCAUCUGCGACUCAGGUAAGGGGAAACAGCCAGCUGUAGUGAAGCGCAUGU